AUGCAGAAUAGCGAUACAGAAGCCUCUGUGGAAGAUCAAUACUUCUCCCUCUCACAGAAGUUCAUCACACUCGAGCACCAAUACAAUGUCCUCAAAGGCAACUACGACACUCUCAAGCAUACCAAUACAACUUUUAAGAGCGAAAUCAAGUCUCUUAGGCAAGACCUGCAAAAGAAACAUGAUCGAAUCAUUGAUAUGAGGCAGCGUAUUUAUGACCUGCAUGAUGAUCUCGACGAUGUGAACAGAAGGCUCGAUGAUGCAGUCACAAGACUUAACGAGCGUGAUUCUUCCUUUGACUACACCAAAGGCUUCUUCUACCUCACCCUUGGCCUCGAUGCAACAAAGAGUUAUACACCAAGCGAGAUCACCAAGGCAUACAAGAGGGUCUACAUGUUCAAACACUCAGACAAAGCCAGAGCCGACAUCUGCAGCGACGAGUCUCGAACAAUCCUCGAGGCAAAGGAUUACCUCAUUGAAGGAAGUUGCGACCUGGAGCUCAACGAUCCUCAGACUGAGUACCAAAACCUAUUCAAGCUCAGACAGGAAGAGUACUUCAACACAUUGUCGCGUAUAUUCUCGGUUGAAAGGGAAAGGAACAGACUUCAAGAGGAACUCGAUGUCGUCAAACAGCAGCUCAAGGACGCACAGGCUUCCGCUCGACUCCAUUCCAUUGGGUUCUCAACUGGAUUUUAUUCCGUCUCGGCGGGGUCUUUUUCUACCUGGAUUUUUCUGAAUGAAUAG